UACCAUCAGUUCAUCAAAAAAAUUCAGAUAGUGUGGAUGUAAAACGGAUUUUGUGUUCUCGUUUUCUUCAAUUUUAUUUUUUACUUUUUGAAUAAUUUCUACUGAAAAUUGAUAGAGAAAAAAUUCAACCAUCUCGAGAUAAGGAGGAGUUUUAGGACUCGUUUAAUGUGAACGCAGCAACAUUGUGUCCUUUUUUUAUUAUUCUUUAUAAGUUUAAGUCAAUUCGAUUUGUGAUAACCCAAGUUGUGAAAGUAAAUAUUAAGCGAAGAAAAAAAGGAAGAAAAAAAAAACGGGAAGUGAUCCCAUUGAAUAGUCAUUGUUUUUACUUAGUAAAUUAAUUAUUUAAAAUUGUGUUAGUCGUUGGUUGUAACAAUUUUUUAUUUUGGAGACUGAAUCGUCAACACUUGGAUUUUGAUGAGUGCAAUGGACAUAAGCAAGCUAAAACGCAUCGGAAGUAUUUCUGGAAAAGAUUUGCUUCAAAUUGCAAUGGCAUCCUCUAAUUUGGAAGAGAUGCGUGACAUAGCCGCCAGACUCUGUCGUGAUUUUUUGAACGGGGCGUGGAAAACCAUUUCGGCUGAAGACAUUCAACUCAAACGCAUUAGUGGAGGCUUAUCGAAUUUCCUGUAUCAUGUGAGUCUGCCCGACAAUUUUGAUAAAAAUGAGAAUCAUCAGUCCAGCAGACCCAGCAAUAAACGUCCACGAACAGAUAGUUUCAAUAAUAACCAUUUGCCUGAACCGAAAGAGGUACUUUUACGAAUUUAUGGUCAAAUACACGGUGAGCAAGCCUUUGAAAGUAUAAUGACUGAGUCUGUUGUCUUUACCGUGCUCAGUGAACGUAAUCUUGGACCAAAAUUAUAUGGAAUUUUUCCUGGCGGACGAAUUGAACAGUACAUACCGGCAAGACCAUUAUCAACCGGUGAGCUAAGCGACCCGAAAAUCUCAUGCAAAAUCGCUGAGAAAAUGGCGAAAAUCCAUAGCCUUAACGUACCCGUAUCGAAGGAGCCCGAAUGGCUCUGGAAGACCAUGGAACGAUGGCUGGUCAAUGCCGAAACGAUAUUGGCCAAUUUUACAUCGUCGAAUCCCAUCGAAAUGGAACAUGCCGCAGCUAUGAAACACAUCGAUUUUCGUAAGGAACUCGAUUGGAUCAAGGAAACCGUUGACAAGGAAUCAUUUCCGGUUGUAUUUUCGCAUAACGAUCUACAGGAAGGGAAUAUUCUGUUUAAAGAAGGUAUUACAAAUUCAAGGGACAGCUCGCUGGAACAAUUGAGCUCAUACUUUGAUGACUCAGCUGCUCUUGAUUCGCAUUUCGAUGAUGUUCUACUAUCGCCAAACAGUUCGAACAGUUGCGAUCAUAUCAACAACAAUUCGUUGUCAUCAACUUCUUCCAGGAAACGAUCUUAUAGCGGCAACAACGACGACUGUGAUCUAGAAAGUACUCGUGAUUCAGUACUUAGCGGAAAUUCCCAGACUUAUUCAGAUAUCUGUGAUCCCGACCUUAUGAUCAUCGACUUUGAAUAUUGUGCGUACAAUUUUCGUGGAUUUGAUUUGGCUAAUCAUUUCUUGGAAUGGACCAUUGACUAUCGAUGCAAUGAGUAUCCGUUUUUUUAUCACAAGAAGAACCAGUAUCCAACGGUUGAACAACAAGAACGCUUCAUAGCCAGUUACCUUAUAGAAUUAGCCUCAACAGUAACAGACUAUCGUCCUUCGGCCGCUGAAAUCGAUGAACUGAAAGAAGAAGUGAGAUGCUUCACGUUAGUGUCCCACUUUCUUUGGAGUCUAUGGUCGAUAGUGAACGUUCACCAGGAAAUCGAAUUCGGCUACUGGGCGUACGGAGAAUGCCGAAUCAAGGAGUACUUCGCUGCGAAAGAGUUGUACAAACAGGCGAAAGGACUGGAACUGAAGCGCAAACAUACUUUGGAUGAAAGGCGGUAAAUUGAUCGGUCGGUGCUGAAUGGGCUAAGCUGACUGUAAACUGAUAAAUUCAAAAUCGUGACAUUAUAAAACCUAAAAUAAUAAUGGAAAUCGUUCCAACAUGAUUAUAUCGCAAUAAAAUGCCGCAAGACGAUAGCCUUAUUCGUAUAGUAGUUUAACUAAAGAAAUUUGUCGUCCAAUGUGGAUGAUUAGUUAAAUUGUUUUUCACCCCAAUAAUGUCAUUAACAUGCUGAGUAAAUUAACAAUGAUCGGUCAUUCAACUUAAAAAACAAAAACGAAAAAAAAAUCGGAAACAUUUUCUGUGUACUUAGUUCAUCCGAAUUUUUAAUUAAUUUUUUCUUAGUAAAACACCACUGCAGUCAAAACAAUUUUAUUUUAUUUUAUCUUUUAACUGGUUGUGUUAAGUUUUUACACAAGUGGCUUGUCAUCAGUUAUCGACAGGCGAGAGCAAACAAAUCGUAUAAAGUAAAAUGAAAGAUAACAAACACUACAGGAAUGGUUGAAUCACUUGCGGUUUUGGAAAAGGUUAAGAAAUCGUCGCUUGUUUUCAUCGUUGUCGAUAACCGGUGACUGACCGUUUGGAAAGGGUUCUGUUAACCACUAUUGACUUAUAAAUGAAGCUCAAUAAAGUCUUUUGGAGAC